AUGGUUUUGCUAGGGGCAGGAACAAAACACAAAUGGCCCAAAAGAAACAACAACCACUUCAAAAAAUGUGCUUUGUUUAACGCCUUGCACUCUUUUGGCGCUGUCUCUCUACCGCAUUUUGAGAUGAAUUUUGGGGCUGAUCGUACCGCUGAUUUCAUCCAGCUCGUUAACACCCUCCGUACAGCCACCUCUAAUGGUCACAUACGAACAGGCGACUCUGUCCCAUCAAAGGCACCCCAGUAUCGGGCUCUCAGCGGCAUUGCCGCUGCCAGCAUCAAGUCUAGAUCCUCUCAAUUCGCCCGCAUGGCCGCACUCAUCAGUUCGGAUCUGGCAGUGACCUGCGGUCGCCUCGAAAGUCUUUCCACUCUUGCUCGUCAACGCACUCUCUUUGAUGACCACUCCGCUGAGGUGCAACACCUCACUUUGCUGAUUCGGGAGGAUAUCGCGAAUCUGAACCACCGUAUUGCUGAUUUGAGCACACUUUCAAAAUCUUCCGCCAGCUCUUCUCAGCAGCAGUCAUCUAGACAUGCCACCUCGGUACUCAUGAAUCUUCAGUCGCGACUGGCAGGAAUGUCAGAACGAUUUAAACGCGUACUCGAACAGCGAUCAAAGACACUGAGAGACCAGACAAUGCGGAAAAGUGCUUUUUCGUCACACCAGCAGGGUUUGAUUACGACGGGUGGAGUGGUUAAUCAGGGAUUCGAACCGGAGGCAGUGGACUCGUCGUCACCCUCUGUCGCUUCUUCCAUUCCUACUGCUGCUGUGACCCCGUCGAUUCUCUUGCAGGAUGAGCAACGAGCCCGUCAAGCCAGUGGCGUUGGUGUUAGCAGCAGUUCCCUUUUAGCAGAUCCCAUUCAACAGCAGCAGAUGACUCUCUAUCGCGAUCAGACCGAUGCCUAUCUGGCAGCACGCCACGAUACCGUUCGUACCAUUGAACACACCAUCGUAGAGUUGGGUGAGAUCUUCCAACAACUCGCAACAAUGGUACACGAACAGGAGGAGAGGGUAGAACGCAUUGAUGCGAAUGUGGAGGAAUCGUUGGCCGCGGUGGAAUCGGGACAUGCAGAGUUGCUCCGUUAUUUACGCUCCGUUUCGUCCAAUCGUUGGCUUAUGUUUAAGGUGUUUGGCGUUCUCCUCUUCUUCUUUGUCUUUUUUGUAGUUUUCUUUGUCUGA